AUGCUGCUUCUCCUGCUCGGCUGCAUCCUGCCCGCCACCAGCGGAGAGAGCUGCCUCCACUGCUGGCCAGAGCUGCCUGCGCUGAUCGACUACGACCUGCAGGUUCUCUGGGGCAGCCUGGGGCCACCCACAGAGCUCUCCCAAAGUCAGGACCACUUGGAGGAAGAAACGGGCAAAUUGUUUACUCACAUAGAUCAAGCCAUUAAGAAGUAUCGAGAUGAUAAACCGUCACUCCUGGAAGAGGUUCGGGUCCAGAAGCAGCUGUUUUCUGAGCGGCUGAAGGAGAGAGGCAUGGAGCUGAAGGAGAAGGACAUCCGCUCCACGCUGGAGAUCAUCACCUGUGACAACUGCAGGACGCACUUCCUCACUUGCCAGGACCCCAUCCUCUGCCCAGCAGGGACCCGGAGGACCUUCGCGUGGGCCCUAGGCCUCGGCAUCGCUCUGCCCCUGGCCCUCUUGGCUGGAGGUGGAUGUUACCUUUUCUGGCUCAAGAAGAAGAAGGAGCAACAGCAGCAGAAGGCAGAAAAGGUCCUGGGGCAUCCAGGACCCCCAAGGAGGGAAAGCAGGGUCUGCCCAGGGGUAGAGAGGCUGGAGUCCCCAAGUCCGGCUCCUGGGGUCCUGCUUUCAGGACCCAUUUGGAUCGAGGGCCUCCGGAGGGCUGCUGACAGCCCCCAGUGUGAGCAGACACACCCGGGGCCAGACGCCCAGGACAUGGUGGCCGCUAAGCCCCCGGUCCCCACCUGA